UCCCUGGAGAAGGGGAGGGGAAAAAAAAAAAAACAGGCAGCUCAUGAAUAUUCUUUUUCGAUGCUAUGUUCUCGAGGUGAACCGAAAUGUAACAGUUCCCGCAAAUUGAAUAUUUUCUCUCGUUAGGUACAAAGUACAUGGGUAAAAAAGUUGCUGUAAUGGACCUGCAAUAUUAUUAUAUACAUGAAUCUCAAACGAAACAAGACCAUAAUCUUUACCGUGCUGGGCUGCUUUGACAUGAUGUCACCGCGACAUCCUCAAAGUCUAGGGGCCACUGGCUAAUUUCGGCGAACUUUUGUGCUUGUUGCAUGAGCUCAUCGCUUAGAAAUACGCGUUCUGAGGCUGGUGGUGAAAUAUCAGCAGUGGAAAAUGGCUCUUCAGAGUCCGGUGGUGAGGAGGAUGCGUGGAUCGAUUGGUUCUCCUUAUCGGCAAGUUCCUCGUGGCUGUCGUGCGAGAAAUAAGUGGUAUUGUUACCCCUUUUGGAGCGAGUUAAAUGCGCAUUUCUGGAGGGCCCAAUAGUAGACGACUUCAUCGCUGGUGUCCGUCGUCGGCCACGGUUGUUCCCGACGGUGCCGGGUAGCUCCCUGUUCCCUCCGCCCCUGCUGGCUUCCGGCACUCCUGCUAUAUCCUUCCUCCUUUUAAAAACCCUCGACGCUGUGUAACUCAGCUCAUCUUGAUCAGCCUCAAAUGUGUCGGAAUGGUCACUGAAAAAGGGUUCAUUUUCAAUAUCGUCUGAAGCGAGCGUAUUGGCAUGGUUUAAUACACGGCGUCUUUGCAGACGUCGCCGCUGAGGCAGCAAAUUUUCUCUCAGAGUCGCAGUAGAAACCCGGGGUUUAUAGAUCGUGGCAGGUUGUCUUUCUCUAUUAGGAAGAGAUGUUUCAUUUUCUGGAAAUUCAUCGUGCGCAGUAUCUAAUCGUCGUUUCUCCACACUAGAGGCUGGGCUGCUCUCGGGUGGCAUCAUUGUCUGACUCGACAAUUCGAGCGGCUCCGGCGACUGGGCUCCCCUUGGGGUAGGCAGGGAGUCAUCUUCAGAGGUACUAUUAUCGGUGGUUUCAUCGACUGCAAUUGCGAAUUUGGAUGGAUCGGGGGACGGAGAAACUUGCACUUGAGUCUUGCUGUGUAGUUUCCGUUUCGAUAAGCGCGCAGGGGAUAAAUCCCGCAGCGUGGAAGAUGGGAUCGAUACAGAGUCAUAAGGUAUACUUUGGCGGUUGGAAAAUUUUAGGGGAGUUGAUUCAUCAUCCGGGUCGAAACUACCAAGCAUAUCAUCAUCGUCAUCGAGUUCGGACGAUGGAUCUCCUUGCAUCAUCUGAAGGAUACUGGGUUGCCUGGGCCGCCGUCUAAAAUUGCUAAGCAUCGAGCUCUCAAAGGCAGGAGUUCCGAUUUUUUGUGCUCUGGAACUGGUGUCCCCUCGAUUGGGAAGACUGGGAUGGAGCGCUUUUCCUAUGGCGGAAGACAUAACGUCGAUUCGCGUUGGUAAGUCGCUGGCGCCAUUUUGAUGUUCCGAGAUAGGGGUCUGCGCUUGAGGGAUUACUGCCUCCAGAUGUCGCUCUUCAUUGGCCACCGAUUCACUUCUCUGGAGGUAUGCUGUCUCAGGCGGUCGAGGCAUGCUGUGGAUAUUAUCGAGGCAAGACGCGUGAAGGGAUUUGGAAAGUCUAAUGAAGUUCAAGGGAGAGCUUCCCUCGCCCUCGAUAAAGCCUGCAAUUGCGGGAAUAUUACAGCAAGGAAUUGAAUUCGCGUGUUUUUACGCGAUUCAGUGAACAACAGUUGUGGGUAGCUGGAAGAUGCAAUAAUAAUAAUGAGGAAGCGUUGCGUUGUUCUGUGGUAUGUUUGUUGUGGUGGUUGGAAUAAAAACAUCGACACGUGACGUCAGCCGCUGAUGAUGUCAGCGACAACUGACAACUCGGGACUCGGGACCAAAGCUCCGAUUGCCAAGCCGGGCGCGGCUUCCAACAUCGUAGUUUCAAUAAUACUCCGUACAUAGCUCAAAAUGGGAUCCGCCAAAAUACCUCUGCCUCUACAGUGGGGGUUUAGGGGUUCGAUGAUCAAAUAAUAGUAAUUGAUACAAAUUGUGCUUUUUUGCGAGCUUGAUAAACCUCACUCAGCCCUGGUAUCAAACCCCGCCCCCACUCACUCUGGGCGGUUCAUCCGCAUUACCAAGCGCCGGCAUUUGUUCCCGACGCUAUGGGUUUGCUUGAAAUAAUAUAAAAGAAUCAAGUCGUCGUACCUCUUUGUCCUGGUAAAGAAAAGAUAUUCACUUCUACGUUCUAAAUAAAUAAACUCUCAUUUUCUCCAUCCAAGCCGAAGGUAGUAUUCAUCGCCCACCUCCGCAAUGGCUAUUCCAGUACAGCGGCGCGGCAUCAGGAUCGCCAUUGACCGUGGUGGUACUUUCACGGACUGCGUUGGCAAUCCUGGUUCCGGGAAGCUAGAAGAUGACAUUGUGAUCAAGCUACUGUCCGAAGACCCAAACCAUUACGAUGAUGCGCCUUUGGAAGGCAUACGUCGGCUACUCUCCAAGUUCGAAGGUCGUGAAAUCCCUCGAGGGGAGCCAUUGAAUACUGCUAAGAUAGAGAGCAUUCGUAUGGGAACCACAGUUGCCACGAAUGCUUUACUAGAAAGGAAAGGAGAGCGAAUGGCCUUGGUAGUGACUAGGGGAUUCAAGGAUUGCCUGGAAAUUGGAAAUCAAUCCCGCCCCAAAAUUUUUGACCUGGCCAUUCAGAGGCCGGACGUCCUAUACGAGAAAGUUAUUGAAGUGGAUGAACGGGUCACGCUCGAGGACUAUACAGAGGAUCCAAUACAGCACAGUACACCAACGCUCCCGCGAGACCUGUCACCCCCAGAUGCGGAAAUUGUGCGUGGCCUGUCCUCGGAGGCGGUUAGGAUACUACGGCGACCCUCCGAAAGCAUCGUAAAAACACAGCUCCAAACUCUCUAUAACGAGGGGUUCCGAAGCAUUGCUGUAUGUCUCAUGCAUGGAUAUACCUUUCCGGAUCACGAAGUCAUGAUUGGGAGGCUCGCAAGACAAACUGGUUUCGAUCAUAUCAGCUUGAGCCAUGAGCUCAUGCCUAUGAUCAAAUUGGUGCCAAGGGCAACUUCCGCUUGUGCUGACGCGUACCUAACACCUACCAUUCGCAAGUAUAUCUCAGGAUUUCAGUCUGGAUUUGAGGGUGGACUUGGCACAAGCAGCCUCAAAAAGGAACAUGGAUCUAAAGGGGCGCGAUGUGAAUUUAUGCAAUCAGAUGGCGGUCUAGUCGAUAUUGACAACUUCUCUGGCUUGCGUGCGAUUCUGUCAGGGCCCGCUGGCGGAGUUGUCGGCUAUGCCCUUACUUCGUACGACUCGAAGACGGACAUUCCCGUAAUUGGGUUUGAUAUGGGGGGCACCAGCACGGAUGUUAGCCGGUAUGGUUCUGGUCGCUAUGAACAUGUUUUCGAGACUACAACAGCUGGGGUCACGAUACAAAGCCCUCAGCUUGAUAUUAAUACUGUUGCUGCCGGUGGAGGGUCGCGCCUAUUUUAUCGAAAUGGUUUGUUCGUGGUAGGGCCAGAGUCCGCUGGUGCACAUCCUGGUCCUGCCUGCUAUCGCAAAAACGGCCCGCUAACUAUCACGGACGCCAACCUGUUUCUUGGUCGAUUGUUACCUGAGUUCUUUCCUAAAAUAUUCGGCCCGAAAGAAAACGAAGGCUUGGAUGCAUAUGCAAGUGCGAUGCUUUUCGAAGAACUGACAGAAACUAUAAAUGAAGAAUUGCCCGAAGACCAGAAAAUGACCCCAGACGAAGUCGCGUAUGGGUUUAUUCAAAUUGCGAAUGAAUCAAUGACAAGGCCAAUCCGCUCAUUAACCGAGGCCAAGGGACAUGAUACCUCGAAACAUAGGUUGGCAACUUUUGGUGGUGCUGGUGGCCAGCAUGCGGUGGCAAUUGCUGAAAACCUUGGAAUUAAGCAGAUUUUUGUACACCGCUAUUCCUCAGUCCUAUCUGCAUAUGGAAUGGCCCUUGCAGACGUGGUGGACGAAAGCCAGGUGCCAGAAUCAAAGGUAUGGUCUGAUGAUGGAAGUACCAUCACAGAGCUGAGACAAAAAAUGGAUACGUUGAAAGAAGCAGCUCGGAGGAGGCUGCACGACCAGGGAUUUGAGGACAAGUCUAUUGUGUUUGAGGAAUAUCUCAACAUGAGAUACCGAGGAACCGAGUCUACACUGAUGAUAAUCAAUCCCAAAUCACGAGUAGCGACUGGAGGGUCUGAUAGCGGUAGCGAUUGGGCCUAUGGGAAAGCCUUCGUCCAGCAACAUGAACGAGAAUUUGGAUUCACAUUGCCCGACCGUGAUAUUAUUAUCGAUGAUGUUCGGGUGCGGGCAAUCGGCAAGAGCUUUGACGAUUUAGGAAAGACCGUCGAUCAGCAACUCGAAGAAGCCAAACCUCAGGAUGUAGGAGAUGAAAAGAAAUUCAGUGUUUCUCAGGUGUAUUUUGAGGGUGGCCGCCGCCAAACGCCGAUAUAUAAGCUUGAAGAUUUGAACGUGAAUGACCGCAUUCAUGGACCGGCUAUUCUUGCUGAUGGGACGCAAACACUAGUGAUAACCCCAGGAGCAACAGCUCUAGUCAUCGAAACCCAUGUUGUUAUCAAUAUCGGUACCUCCGAACUUCGAGAUGCGAAGAUUAACCUUAACACGGUCGACCCUGUUAUUCUCAGUAUAUUUGGACACCGUUUCAUGGCUAUCGCGGAACAAAUGGGACGCGCACUUCAGAAAACAAGUGUUAGCACUAAUGUCAAGGAAAGAUUGGAUUACUCAUGUGCAUUGUUUGAUUCCGAUGGCGGACUUGUGGCCAAUGCACCGCAUCUACCAGUUCAUCUGGGUAGCAUGUCCACCUGCGUCAGAAAGCAGUCGAAAAUAUGGGCCGGAAAACUCAAACCAGGUGAUGUUAUAGUAAGCAACCAUCCUGAGUUCGGUGGGACUCAUCUGCCAGACAUUACGGUUAUUACACCAGCUUUCAAUGGCAAUAAGAUAAUAUUUUAUGUCGCAUCUAGGGCGCAUCAUGCGGACAUUGGUGGUAUUCUCCCGGGUUCCAUGCCCCCACAUUCAAAAGAGCUAUCCCAAGAAGGCGCGGCGAUCAAAUCAGAGAAGUUGGUUUCCGAAGGCAUAUUCAACGAGGAGCGAAUCACCCACCUCUUGUAUCACGAACCUGCACAGUAUCCUGGAUGCAGCGGGACAAGAUGUCUUGCAGAUAAUAUAAACGACCUGAAAGCUCAAAUAGCCGCAAAUCAGAAAGGAAUUAACCUCAUAUCAAUGUUGAUCAGCGAAUACGGCGAGGAUACGGUUCAGUUUUACAUGAAUAACAUCCAAGAUAAUGCGGAACUUAGCGUAAGAAACCUUCUGAAAACAGUUAGCCAAAGGUUCGCAGGGGCGGAUCUUGUCGCUGUCGACUACAUGGACGAUGGAAGCCCAAUCCACCUGAAGAUAACCAUUGAUGCGGAGAUGGGGGAAGCGGUAUUUGAUUUUGAAGGCACCGGCCCUGAAGUCUACGGGAACAUCAAUGCGCCGGAAGCUGUUACUUACUCUGCGAUCAUUUACUGCUUACGGUGUCUAAUAUCCGAAGAUAUUCCAUUGAACCAAGGGUGUCUCAAACCCAUCAAUGUGCGAAUCCCGAGAAAUUGUUUCCUUUCCCCGUCCGAUAAAGCUGCUGUUGUUGGCGGUAACGUUUUGACAAGCCAGCGAGUGACCGACGUAAUCUUAAAAUGUUUCCAAGCUUGUGCUGCAUCCCAAGGGGACACAAACAACCUAACUUUUGGAUAUGGCGGAAAUGUUUCAGGAGAAGAAGAAACCAAAGGGUUUGGGUACUACGAAACCAUUGCUGGUGGAAGUGGUGCUGGCCCAGACUGGGAGGGGACCUCCGGGGUCCACACACAUAUGACUAAUACUCGUAUUACGGAUUCUGAAGUCUUCGAGCGAAGAUAUCCAGUGCUGAUAAGAGAGUUCAGUCUGAGGCCAGGGUCCGGAGGGGAUGGGCAGCACCGGGGUGGAGAUGGUGUCAUCCGGGACAUUGAAUUUCGAAUUCCAGUACAAGUAUCCAUCCUCUCGGAGCGCAGGGUAUACCAUCCGUAUGGCUUGAAUGGAGGCAAGGAUGGCCAAUGCGGACUGAAUAUUUGGGUGAGAAGGACACCAAAACGAGGGCAACCAGGCGAAUGGGAGGUAAGGGAGAUAAACCUAGGGGCGAAGAAUACAGCGAAAAUGUUUCCUGGCGAUCGCAUAGUUGUAAAGACCCCUGGCGGCGGUGGGUGGGGCAAGGUAGGGGAGGAAAGCAAAGCUCGGAAAGGGAGAGACCUUAAACAAGCUUGGAAAGGAGGGUCUUUGGCUAGCCGCAUAGAAACACAGGAGACGAGCGCAUGAUCGUGAAAUGACUAUUUGCCGCUCGGGUGAUGAUCACCUCGAAAUAAUUAGUCGCUAGAUACCGCACCUGCUAGAAGAACAAAAACCAAUUACGCCUCGGAAGUGAUUAUAUUAAAAUAAAUUCACACGUUCCCUUACACAAACAUCCCGAAGCGCAAACCGAACUAAGGAAAACAAAGAACCCGCCGGGGUAUGCAGACUACAGGGACAGUUACAACCGUUACAGAGGAAAAUAUGAAGGGCAAUCGAAACAUACAAGAAAAAUUCAACCUAAUUAUCUUCAGAUUCAUCAGACUCUGAGCCCGAGUCCUCUUGGACUGGGUCGUUCUUCGCGAUCUCCUUGCCUUCACCAUCAAUAUAAUUUGGUCUAUCUAAAGAUCCACCUUUCUCUUUGAUCACUGCUUCGAUAUUGGGCAGUAACUGGACCAUGGCAUUAAACUGCUCUAAUGGCAUUGAUAUCCCCUGUAGACAUAUGUUAGCAGGCAUUGACAACUAGGUUUUCAUAAUGACAGUUCACUAAGGAUAAAUAUGGCGUAGAAGGGUAGUAUUGAGCUGACCUUUUUGCCUGGAAGUUCUUGUCCAUCUUUUUCAUAGUACUCUCUCACG